CCAGAAGUCCAGCUUCCUCCCCAGCUACAUCAUCGACGUGAGGGAGCUGGACGAGAAGCUGCUGAACAUCAUCGACAUGCAGUUCCUCUACGGUUACUACGAGCCCACCCUGCUCAUUCUCUACGAGCCCAACCAGACCUGGCCGGGGCGGGUGGCUGUGCGCCAGGACACCUGCAGCAUCGUGGCCAUCUCCCUCAACAUCAUGCAGAAGGUCCAUCCCGUCAUCUGGUCCCUCUGCAACCUCCCCUUUGACUGCACGCAGGCCCUGGCAGUGCCCAAGCCUAUUGUAAUAACCACCAAAACACCCACAAAGCCCAGUAAACAUCCAAUCCAUCCCUAUUUGGGUGGGAAGCAAGUCAAACAACGGAGGAGGGCUUGGGGAGAAGAGGGAAGGGACGAUGACAAGAGGACCAGAACCUUAUUUCCCCACCUGUCGCCUGCAGGGGGGAAGUCGGCUCCGCAGGACGAAGUGGAUGAGAUCGAGGUGUAUGGCAGCGAGGCCCAAUCCGGCACCCAGCUGACCACCUACUCUUUUGAGGUCUGUGACAGCAUCCUGAACAUUGGGCCCUGCGCCAACGCAGCCAUGGGGGAACCGGCCUUUCUCUCAGAGGAGUUCCAGAAUAGCCCUGAACCUGAUCUAGAAAUUGUGGUGUGCUCGGGCUACGGCAAGAACGGUGCCCUCUCAGUGUUGCAGAAAAGCAUCCGUCCUCAGGUGGUUACGACCUUUGAACUGCCCGGCUGCUACGACAUGUGGACGGUGAUCUCGCCCCAGAAGACGGAGGAAGCCACCCAGGAAGAAGAUACUCAGGAAGAAGGUGCUGAGAAGGAGCCUUCUCCACCUGAGCCAGUGGAUGAUGGGAAGCGACAUGGGUUCCUCAUCCUGAGCCGUGAAGACUCCACCAUGAUCUUGCAGACCGGCCAGGAGAUCAUGGAGCUGGACACCAGCGGCUUUGCCACUCAGGGCCCCACCGUAUAUUCCGGAAACAUUGGCGAGAACCGCUACAUUGUCCAAGUGUCCCCUCUGGGUAUCCGGCUGCUGGAAGGAG